CGUUCGGACACCGGAAGUGAUGUAAGAGUCGCGGUAAAUGGUUAACGUUUUCCGGUUUUAGCGGUCUUGAUGCUAAGCUAACCGAACCCUCAGGAAGAUGCCGUCGAUUGAUUACGACGACUCCAAGCCCAGCUGGGCCGACCAAGUCGAAGAGGAAGUCGAUGAAGGAACCCUUCCACCCCCCAAAGAAACCAUCAAAGGAAACAUCAAAACUAUUACAGAGUAUAAAAUCGACGACGAUGGAAAGAAGUUGAAAAUCGUACGGACGUUCAAGAUUGAGACCAGGAAAGCCUCCAAAGCUGUGGCGAGGAGGAAGAACUGGAAGAAAUUUGGCAACUCCGAAUUCGACGCCGCGGGUCCCAACGUGGCCACCACCACCGUCAGCGACGAUGUCUUCAUGACGUUCAUCUCCAGCAAAGAGGACCUGAACGCGCAAGACCAGGAUGAGGAUCCUAUGAACAAGCUGAAAGGACAGAAGAUUGUGGCUUGUCGUAUCUGCAAAGGUGACCACUGGACGACUCGCUGCCCUUACAAGGACACUCUGGGACCCAUGCAGAAGGAGCUUGCGGAACAGCUUGGCCUCUCCACCGCCGACAAGGACAAGCCGGCGGGUUCAGCCGAGCCGGAGCCCGUGCAGCCUGCCCAGAGCAAGACGGGCAAAUACGUGCCCCCCAGCCUGAGGGACGGUGGUGCGCGCAGGGGCGAGUCCAUGCAGCCUAACCGCAGAGCCGACGACAACGCCACCAUCCGCGUGACCAACUUGUCCGAGGACACCCGCGAGACCGACCUACAGGAGCUCUUCAGACCUUUCGGCUCCAUCUCCAGGAUCUACCUGGCCAAAGACAAGAACACCGGGCAAUCCAAGGGCUUCGCGUUCAUCAGUUUUCACCGUCGCGAGGACGCCGCCAGAGCCAUCGUGGGCGUGUCAGGAUUCGGAUACGAUCAUCUUAUUCUCAAUGUAGAAUGGGCCAAACCAUCCAACAAUUGAGGACACCAGAAAAUUCCAUGGAAAGUUGCAUUUUGUUGUUCUGCGUAAAUGUGGCUUUUACUUUAAUAAAAGAUAAUCAAGGUCACUG